AUGCCCGGGGCGUGGCCGGCCCCCAACUCCUCCAGCGGCGGCUCCGCGCCAGCCCCUGCGGGCCAGGGGUGCGCGGCCGGCCUGGAGGGGCACCUGGCGGAGUUCUCGGCGCCGGUGCCGGCGCUCCUGGCGGUGCUGAUGGGGCUGGCGGCGCUGGCCACCGUGCUGGGCAACGCGCUGGUCGCCCUGGCGUUCGUGGUGGACAGGAGCCUGCGGACCCACAGGAACUUCUUCUUCCUCAACUUGGCCAUCGCGGAUUUCAUGGUCGGUGCAUUUUGCAUCCCGCUUUACAUCCCUUACACUCUGACUGGAAAAUGGAUGUUUGGAAGAGGGUUGUGUAAACUCUGGUUGGUGAUUGACUACGUUGUGUGCGCAGCCUCUGUCUUCAACAUCGUCUUGAUCAGCUUUGACAGAUUAAUUUCUGUUACGAAGGCGGUGAGCUACAGAGCUCAGAAGGGCAGGACGAAGAGUGCAGUGGUGAAAAUGGCGAUGGUCUGGGUCAUGGCGUUUCUCCUUUAUGGCCCAGCCAUCAUCAGCUGGGAACACAUUACCCAUGAACAAAUCCUGGCGGACACGGACUGUUACGCCGAGUUCUUCUGCAACUGGUACUUCCUCUUGAUCGCCUCCAUCAUUGAGUUCUUCACACCCUUCAUCAGCAUCACCUACUUCAGCCUAAGCAUCUAUUGCAACAUCCGGAAGCGGAUGUCCAGCAGAACCAAGAACUUCCCGCUGUGCCAACAGGACUGUGAGAUGUUGUCUGAUGAGGAGAAGCAAGUUUGUACACCCUUUUUCAUUAACGUGAAGAGGAAAAGAAAUCAGGAGAAGCCAGGGAACCGCUCAUUUUCCAUGCCUUCUGUCUCGACGCUUAAUGUUCAGAACCUCCAGCAGCAGCCGGUAGAGCUGAACCUCAGUCCAGAACUUCAUCCUGUACAAGGGGAUGCAGAGAGCAGAUCCCCAUGGAAUGGUUUCUGUGCAGCGCUGAACUGCAUGUUCAACACCAAGAGGAAAGCGGAGGUUGCCAAUCCCACAGCCAGUCAGUCUAGACUUUCUCAGGAUAAAAGAGUAGCCAAAGCGCUGGCCAUCCUUGUCUGCGUCUUCGCUUUAUGCUGGGCUCCUUACACACUGAUGAUGAUUGUCAGAGCUGCUUGCAAAGGUCAGUGCAUCCCCCAGGGUCUCUACGAAGCCACGUUCUGGCUCCUGUGGCUGAAUUCGGCCAUUAACCCAGUUCUGUACCCUUUGUGCCACAUGAGCUUUAGGAAAGCCUUUUUUAAACUCUUCUGCCCAGGCAAGGCUAAAAUCCACCCUCGACGUCUUACCUGAGAACUGGUGAAGCAAGUCCAUGUUGGACAUCGGUGCAUUUGGCACCACAAAAUAAUGUUAGCCAUUUGCCUCACCAAACAAGCAACUUAUCCAAGGUAGAAAGAUGGCCUUGGAAAAUGUUUGAGACCUUGGGAAGCAUUCAUCUGGACCUUUGUAUGACUGCCGCAGAAAUUAAC